AUGCUUAAACAGAUGUUGCUGCUCUCCUUCGUUGCGUUCGCUAAUGCAGAUUUGCAACCCGACCCAUCCCCUGGCAAAUUUGACUCGCCUUCGUUUAAAUAUUUCGUUAGGUCGGACCCUUACUGGUCGUGGUUGAAAAAGCAUAUUAUCUAUGCACCUUUAUUUCACGUUCGGCAUAAUCGCGAAUUUCGAUUGUCAGCUGCUAUCAAUUUUGGUACUCUUCCAACCCGUUUCCAAGCCGCACUGCUGAUUGGAAUCGUUGCAAUGAAUGUCACACUAUGCUGCGUUACUAUACCAUUUGGGGCCGCUGAGGGAGAGCUUCUGGCUGCUGUUCGAGCGCGCACCGGCACCAUUGCAGUGGCUAACAUCAUUCCUCUGGUGCUUAUGGCGGGAAGAAACAAUCCUUUGAUUCAAUUGCUGGAUGUCUCUUUUGAUACGUGGAAUCUACUCCACCGUUGGCUUGGUCGAAUAAUGGUAGUAGAGGCUGUUGUCCAUGUCAUUGCGUGGAUGGUAGAUAAAGUGCAUACCUCGGGCUGGCCUUCUGUUUCGGCAGCGAUCGUGCACAGCGAACUUAUUAGGACGGGAUUCAUUAGAGCCAUACGUUUUAUUCGGCUAGCCUAUCUCAAUCUGGGCAAAGGCGGAACUACUGCGACUGUCGAAAUAUUGCCAGGUGAUGCUAUGCGCAUCACAUUGAGAAUGGUGCGGCCGUGGCUCUUUAAGCCGGGCCAGCAUCUCUAUCUUUACCUUCCAGGGAUUGGAUUGUGGAUGUCUCAUCCAUUUACGGCUGCGUGGAGCGACACUGAAGAGUCUCUUGUUGAUGGGGAAAGUCUCGUUAGCACGAAGCAAGAUGCUCUCACGCUGAAAAGACCUACUGUUUCUCUCCUUGUCCGACGGAGAACGGGUCUAACGAUCCUUCUUGUCACUGCUGGCGUCGGCAUCACGCAUCAGAUACCCUAUGUGCGGCACCUUGUUGAGGGCUUUGCAAACGGUACGGUCGCUGCACGACGGGUGACACUUGUCUGGAUAAUCCAGUCUUCCGAUCAUCUUGAGUGGGUCAGGUCAUGGAUGACCAGCAUCUUAAACAUGGAUCGCCGGCGCGAGGUUCUCCGGGUAAUGCUCUUCAUCACCAGGCCACGGAAUAUGAAAGAAAUUCAAAGCCCUAGCCGCACAGUGCAGAUGUAUCCCGGAAAGCCCGACAUUGGAACAGUGCUUGACGGUGAGAUUGAAAACCAAGUCGGCGCCAUGGGAGUGCUCGUCUGCGGCACGGGGAGUUUGAGCGACGAUGUCCGAAAAGCUUGUCGGGAGAGGCAAUCGCCAACUCAUAUUGAUUUUGUGGAAGAAUGCUUUACUUGGUAG